AUGACAUCUACAUCUGGUAACAAUGCCGACGCCAGCUGGCGUCCAAAGGUCGUCAUCUUUGACCUUUUGACAGCUCUGCUCGACUCCUGGACUCUAUGGAACGCCUCGACGCCGUCGGGAACAGAGGAGGAGGGCCGCCGGUGGCGCGCCCGAUAUCUCGAGAUUACCUUUUGUCAAGGCGCAUACGCGCCGUAUGAAAGCCUCAUGAAGCAAGCCGCCGCAGAAGCCGGCGUGGCUGCGUCGGCACCAGAUGCCUUGCUGAGCAACUGGUCUAGUCUACAGGCGUGGCCAGGGACGUUUGCCGUGCUGAGACGACUCAAAGCGCAGGGCUACAAGCUCGGCGUUGUCACAAACUGUUCCAAGACGCUGGGCAACAUUGCAGUCGAUUGUGCGGCCACGUCGAAAACCGGUGAGCAGCUCGCCUUUGACGCCGUCAUGACAGCCGAAGAGAGCGGCUUCUACAAGCCCGUCAAACAGGCCUACGAUGCGAUUCUAGAGGCGAUGGGCGUCAGUGCCGACGAGGCGUUGUUUGUGGCGGGCAGCGCGGGCGAUGUCCAAGGCGCGACGAACGCUGGCAUGAGGGUCGUUUGGCACAACCAUGUCGGGCUGGCGGCAAAGGGCAGCGCGGUGCCGUUGCGAGAGAGCAAGUCGUUGGACGACGCAUUGAAAGGAUUCAUCUAA